AUGGCUACUGCCAUCACCCAGGCACAGGAGCUCAUCACUUGUGACCUAAACUGUCUUAAGCCCGUCCAGCAAUUUUGUAACAGCUGCCAAGUUGGUCUGUGUGAAGACUGCAUCAACAAACACGUCAGGAGCCUGAAGUCCAUGAAGCAUGACAUUGUUCCUUUCACAAAGCGCACAGUCCAGCUGGUGUUCCCUCAGUGUACAUCUCAUUCCCACCAGAGAUGUGAGGGCCAAUGUCAACAGUGUGAUGUCCCAGUCUGCAUGAAAUGCGUCACAGGUUCACAUAAAGGUCAUGAUGUUGUGGACAUGGCAGACAUCAUUGCCAGAAAGAGAGAAAACAUUAAAAGAGAAACAGAAGAAAUUGAAAGCAGUAUUAUUCCGAAGAACAAGUCAUAUGAUGUAGAUGUUGAAAAGAAAAUUUGCAAAUCGAAGACCCACUACUCUUAUUUAGAAAAAGAAGCUAAAGAUAAAAGAAAGAAAUGGCACCUAGAAGUGGAUGACAUCUUUGACAAACUUGAAUCACUGAUCCAAUCACUCAAAGAUCAAGAAAUUACGAUUCUGAAGGCAUGCCAGUCCCAACUCAGAAGUCAAAAUUCCAGUAUGACCCAAACUGUUCAAGAAAACAAAGAAAUCCUGAAGUCCAACAACGUGUCUGAUGUCAACAGUUACAAAUCCAAACUGACUGAAUUCAGAGCCAUUCCACAAGUACCUGAUGUAAUGUCACCCUCUCUCAAAUCAAACACAGUGCAAGGGAGAGAAUUCAGUCUAGAAUUAGGAGAAUACAGGGCCACACUGACACAGACAACACUAUCACUACCCAGUCUCACAGAUGAAGUCCUCUAUUUAUCUGUUAAGGAUUUAUUAAAAGAAGCCAAAGUGAUUGCAAACAUUUCAACAAAUGUUAAAGAGUUAUGUAGAGUAGCCUGUGCUGGAUCAGAAAAAAUUUGGAUUAAUGGAAGAGAGAAAAUGAUACGAUGUGUUGACAUACAUGGAACUGUACAAGACACUGUCACCAGUACAAGUAAUAAGUUCCCAAAUGACAUUACAGUGAACAGACAGGGAGAACUGCUUUACAGUGAUGCUAACAACAGAACUGUGAGCAUUGUCAGACACGGGAAGACAGAGACACUGAUCACCACACCGCAGGGCUGGCAUCCAUCAGGACUAUGCUGUACCAGAUCAGGUGACAUCCUUGUCAGUAUAUUUACUACUGAUGGUGAACAAUACAAAAUUGUUCGUUACAAGGGACAGAGAGUGACACAGGAAAUAGCUAAAGAUGAAGAUGACUUUCCAAUCUAUCAAAAGGGUCGAUGUCUAGUGUAUGUGACAGAGAACAAAAAUGGUGACGUCGUGGCUUCUGAUAUUAAUGCUGACACUGUUGUUGGGGUAGACAGGACAGGAAAAGUCCGAUUCCGAUACAACGACAAACCACCAGGGGGACAGAAAUCAUUUCGUCCCAGACAGAUAGUGACGGACUCCAUGGGUCAUAUCAUUGUGGCAGACUACAACAAUGCCUGUCUACACAUUUUAGAUCAGAGUGGACAAUUCAUUAAGUGUGUGGACAUACGUGAAUUAAAUGAUCGGCCUAAUGGAUUGAGUGUGGACAGAGAGGGGAGGUUGUGGGUAGGGUUGUAUGAUUCAGGAGAAGUGAAAGUGAUCCGGUACAUGAAAUAA